CACGGUUUUUUAAACAUUUUUAACUUUUACAUUUUUCAAUUUUACUUUUCAAAAAGUUUAAUAAUUACAAUUUUACCUUUUCCCUUCUUCCUUACACACGUACACGCACGCCACCUCAUAAAUCCUUUCUUUUUUUUUUUUUUGAAUUUUUCAUCUACCUUAUUCAGCCACUCUUCAAACAGAGCUUCCCACGAUCACCAUUAUCAAGCCCUAACCAAUUUUUUCUUCCCACGAUCACCUUCUCCAAGCCCUCACCCACGUUUUCCUCAACCUACAUUGUCUUCCUCCUCUAUUUUUUCUCUAUAUAAAUGGCAACCACUAGAAGUGGUUCGAAAUCACCAUCUCCGGCGAAGAAAGUUUCUAAAAAAUCGAAGAAGGCUCCAGCUGUUACUUCCAAAGUCGAACCUAAAAUGGGGUUAAAAAAAAUUGCUAAAAAUUUAGUGGCUGAUGUUCCAGAGACAUCGGCCUCUAAGAAAAGAGCCCUUCCUGUUAAAGUAGAUGCUCCUAAGACUAAGAGAGCAAAAAUUUCCAAGUCUGCACGCGAUGUAAGUUUCUCUUUGUUGUUUUUAAAUUUUUCUUUAGUUUUUUUCUGGUUGUUUUAUUUCUGGUGUUACAUUUGAUGAUUUAAAGUUUUCCCCAUUUUUUGUUCUAGGUUUCCUCAGAUUCCGAUUUUGAGGAUGAAGUGCAUGGUGAGGACCAAAAGCCCAAAGUUGAAUCAAAGGUAAUUUAAAUUUGCUUGGUUUCAUUUUAUUGUGUUAAUUUUUACAUGAGCUUUUUAGGUCACUGGUUUAGGUGUUUAUUAGGAUGUUUUUAUGUUUUUUUGGUGUUCUUUAUGUAUUUCUGUCAUGUAUUGUGGUUGAUGUUGUUUUGUUGUUUUUAUUCAGUUGUUGUUUGGUUGUUGAAAAAAAACCCAGUUCAAUUCGUAUUUUGUCACAGUUUUGAAUUGCUUUUCCCCAUUGGUUGGUUAUAUGUUUUUUGUGAAUUUGUUUUCGGUUGUUUUACACACUAUUGGUAUUGAAAAGCAUUUUACUAAUUUCAAUUGCAACCAGAUCUUUCAGUUUAUUCUUUAGUUUUGUAUAUGUUUAUUGUCAGUUUUUUCUCGGUUGUUUGUCACACUACUAUUAUCGACUACCAUUUUCGAAAUUUCAUAACAACGAGUUUGUACAGUGUUGUUUUUAUUUUAGUUGUUUAUAUUUUUUUGAAAGUUGUUUAUCUCUUACAUUUAUCAUACUGUAAGGGUUUAGGAAAACGUUGUUUUUAGGUUUUUUAUUGGCUGUAAUUUGGUUACUACAUUUUCAUAUAUUCAUUGUUAUUGUAUCUAAGAUUUGUUGCUUUUGUUUUUCUUUUUUGUUGCAGGUCCAUGCUAGGACCUCAGUGAAGGUUGAAGGAUUUGACCUACCAAAGAAAAAUCCUGCUAAGGUGUCUUUUUUUUAAAAAAAAAAUAUUAUUUUUAUUAUUUGUUUUCUAUUUUUUUUUUAGUUUUUUUUGUUUUUGUCCUGAUUUAUUUUGUUUAUAUUGCUACAGGAAUGGGAUUAUAUAUAUGACCAGAAGAAUCUGUUCAUUGCUAAAGCCUUUUCCACUGCUACUUUCCAGGUGAUAGAGAACAUUAAAUCUUGUCUUUCAGAUGUACAGCUUGAAAUCUUUUCAAAAACCUGUUUUGGUCAUUUCCUUGACCUUCCCGAUUUUAAAGUUCAACCCCAAGUGUUUCAUGGGUUGUUGCUCCGAGAGGUUCAGCAACCUAAUGAUGCUGAGUUGUGGGUUAUGAUACGCGGUGUUAGGCUUAGGUUUAGCAUUGAGGAAUUUGCAUUGAUUACUGGGUUAGACUGUGAAGGUGACUGUAGUGUCUUAGAUUUUAAGCAAGAGGUUAAUAGUCUUUGUGAAAGAUAUUGGCCAACUUCGUCCUCUAUCACUAAGGAAUCUGUUAGGGAAUGUUUUACCACCAAGAGGUGGGGUGAUUCUGAUGAGGAUGCUGUGAAGUUGGCAGUUUUGUAUUUCGUGGAGUGGUUCUUGCUUAGUGGCACUAAGCAUAAAAAUGUACCCAAGUCUAUUUUAGAUGUUGUAGAUAGUGGGAGGUACAAUGAAUUUGCUUGGGGCCGGAGUUCUUUUGAAUUGACUAUUUCCUCAUUGAAGGGUAAGCUUGAUAGUUGGGUUGAGGGGGUUAGGAAGGCAAAGAGUUCGGGAAAGAGGCCGAGUGUUUUUUACACUUUGAUUGGUUGUCCUCAUGUUCUUCAAGUUUGGUUCUACGAGUGUUGUAAGUACAUGAAAGGUAAGUACUGCCAAAAGGAAAGCUCUCGUAUUCCAAGGAUCACUCAGUGGACAUGCAAUAGUCAACCUACUUUCAAAGUUUUGAAGACUACUAUCUUUGAUGUUUCCAAAGAUAAGCUGCAACUUUCAAAUAUGAGGCCCACGGCUGGUGAGUUCAAAGCUUUGAAACUGAGCAGUUUCAAGUUCGACACCGACUUCAACUCUUACAAGAGUCUUCCUGUCCCCGAAGAGCCAACUGUUGCUCAGAGUGACAUUUCUGUCAAGCUUGAGGCCUUUUCUGAGAAAUUUCAUGGGUUGGAGGUCAAGAUCGAUUCGUUGCAUACUUCCCAACAGAAGAUUUCAUCUGAUUUGGUUGAGUUGAAAGAGUUUGUGUCUGCACAGUUUGUUUCUUUUGGUGCUCAGAUGGCUUCAAUGCAGACACAGUUUUCUACUGUUUUUGCCGAUUCCUAUGCCAAGGAAAAAGGCAGUGACUCUUCCAAUGAUGAUGAUGGAGGUGGUGAUGAAGCAGAUUUUGAUUUAAAUGAAUCUGAAGAAACUGAUGAAAAUGAAGAAGAGAAUGUUAUGGGUGAUGACGAAGGGGAGGGUAGUGAAGGUGAAGAGAAGGAUGAUCAAGCCGAUGAAGAUUCUGACUCAAAAGAAAAAAAUGAUAAUGGCAGUGAUGAUGAUGCCACUGAUAGUGAGGAGAAGAAUUUCGUUGAUUUCAAUGACGGCCCUACUCAAAUAGAUGUUGAGGCUACUGUUCAGUCCGGGGUAAAAGCAGUUGAGCUUAUGGUAAUGUUGCUUUUGUGUUGUUUUUUGGUUGUGUAAAGGUUGUUAUUUUUUAACCAUGCUCUAAUUCCUUUUUAAUACCAUAUAUAAACA